CCCUUACUUUUUAGCCCAAACCGAGGUUGAUUCCAAAUGGAUACGUACAUAAGAUGGAAGGAAAACAAUAGGCUGCCCGACACCCCACCCUUAGUCCUCGAGUUAGAUGGCAGCCCGACACUCUGGACAGAGGGCAAAAUACCAACCUACUCAUUCACGAUCACUUUGCGCAGGGUCUUAGACGAUCAACAGUUCUGGUUUCGCUGGGAAUCUUCCAUAGAUCCCCGUAAGGAAGAAUAUAUUCUAAUAUCUCACGAUCCAGACAGCGGCAAUAUCAAGAAGGUCGGAAUUGAAGAUCACUCGAGAUAUUUACCAUUGUUACCAACAAUUCAUCAGUUCCCUGAUGAACCGGCAUCAUUCUAUGUUGAAGAGGCUAAGAAAACCUGGGACCGCAGUACAAUAAAUAUGCGAACGAGCUUACCUGAGACCUGGGCUAGGCUUGUAGAACCGGGGCGCACCUAUACCCUUCUCUGGACGGGCAAAGAGAUUACAUACUGGGAUUGGGGUACGCCACAGCAGAAGAAGGAAACCAAAAAAAAAUGGCCCCCAAUUUUAGUUCCGGGUGGUGCACAUCUCACCUUCACUGUGCGAGAAGGGAGGAAACCGCAAAUUCCCUCCCCUCCGACACCACCACCAAUCAGUCCAAGUAAUAGGGUGCCUGGUGCACCAGUCCUAAGUCUAAAGUUGAGCUGCAGCUCUACAAUGUCUGUUUACGGGGAUUUGAACAUAUCUACGCGGGUCAUAUACCACAGUCCAUCAUCCGACAAUGAGAGCUCUCAACCGAUCACUUUCCACACCUGGGCGUUUAACCCGUUCGACGCCUUUCGCGUCUAUCGCUGUCUCUGUCCCAAUCAGUCUGACCUGAAGACUGAGAACGAAUGGGAGAGAUUCGAGAACGAUCGGUCACCACAUGUGUUUUGGGAUAACCCUGACAGAGAGCUCAACGUGGCGGAAAGCGAAGAAGGUCGGUUUGUGACGCUCUAUCCCGGGGAAUCCUGGUCCAAUUCUUGGUCUUUCGAUCUGCCCGACGACCUUCGGCCUGGCGAGCAGCUCCGAUACCAAUUCAAAGGAAAUACUCUGGACUGGUGGGAUUGGGGUACGGCCGAGGAUCACGCGCAAACCAUUGUCACGCUACCUGGCUCGGGGAUCGAGCCAAUUUCGCACCCGAAGGACAAUAACAACCGACCUAAAGUGGUCAUACCAGCUUCUAAUGUUGUGGAGUGGACGAUGAGUAGUGACUGAAUGGUGUCUCGUUGUCCGGGGACUGUCCCUCACUGCUACGAUUCCUAACUACUCCGUAGAUUACUGCUAUUACAAUAACAGG